AUGGAACUCUUCAUUGGUGAAAUUUUUUUCUUCGUUAUUACCGUCAUAUUUUCCCUUUUUGGAGAGGAUUAUGAGAUCCGAUACAAAUCUGCCACCGCAAAGCUUCCGCCGGGUAAUCAAGGAUGGCCCAUUAUAGGAGAAACUUUGGCAUUCGCUUUGGGAAGCAAGAGUGGGAACCCCACAAGGUUCAUAAAGGAAAGAAUGAUGAAAUACUCCCCCGAUGUGUUCCGGACCUCCUUGGUGGGCGAGAAGGUCGCUGUCUUCUGUGGCCCCGCAGGGAACAAGUUUCUAUUCUCAAACCACAACAAGCUCGUUGCCACUUGGAAGCCGCGGUCCAUGGAGAAGAUACUGCUCUUCGAGUCUCCCCCAAAGGUAGAACCAAGAGGAUUGCGCAGCUAUGUCCUGGAAUUUCUAAGGCCAGAUGUGCUACAGCGCUAUAUACAAAUCAUGGAUUCCAUGGCACGGGAGCACAUAGAGAUGGAUUGGGCUCCUAAUAGAGAAGUAAAGGUUUAUCCGCUAUCAAAGAAGUACACCUUUGCUUUGGCUUGUCGCUUGUUCAUGAGCAUAAAAGACCCUGAACAGAUCGCCAAGGUUGCUCAUCCCUUCCAUCUGAUUACAUCUGGGCUGGUGUCUGUGCCUAUAGAUUUUCCUGGUACGCCAUUUAACCGUGCCAAGAAAGGAGGCAAAAUGCUAAGGGAUGAGCUUGUAGCAAUCAUUAAACAGAGAAGAAAUGAGUUAUCAGAUGAGGGAGAACCAGAAGUCCAAGACCUGUUAUCUUCGUUGCUUUUACAAUCAGAUGAGAACGGCAAGGGUUUGAAUGACAUGGAGAUAUCAGAUAAAAUUGUUGGUUUGUUUCUUGCUAGCUUUGAUUCCACAAGUGCUACCUUAACAUUCGUUUUGAACUAUCUCGCAGAGUUCCCUGAUGUCUAUGAUAAGGUCUUAAAAGAGCAAAUGGAGAUAGCAAAGUCCAAAGAUCCAGGAGAGUUUCUGAAGUGGAAUGACAUUCAGAAGAUGAAGUAUACUUGGAGUGUGGCAAAUGAAACAAUGAGGCUAGCACCACCUGCCCAAGGAACAUUCCGAGAGGUCAUAACUGACUUCACUUAUGAAGGUUUUACCAUUCCAAAGGGAUGGAAGACAUAUUGGAGUGUACAUACAACAAACAGAAACCCCAAGCACUUCCCAGACCCGGAGAAAUUCGAUCCCUCAAGAUUUGAAGGAAAAGGCCCUGCACCAUACACUUUUGUACCCUUCGGAGGAGGGCCUCGGCUGUGUCCAGGGAAGGAAUAUAGUCGACUGCAAAUACUUGUAUUUAUCCAUAAUAUGGUGACAAGGUUCAAAUGGGAGAAAGUAGAUCCAAAUGAAAAGGUCAUAUAUAACCCUUCUCCCAUUCCUGUAAAUGGUCUCCCGAUCCGCCUCCAUCCCCGUGAGAAAUAA